AUGCUCGCGCUGUGCCUGAAAGGUGAGGCGCUCUCGGUCGUUGGACGUCUCAGCCCAGAGGAGUCAGUGGACUACGAUGCCGUUAAAAGAGCUUUGAUGAGAAGGUUCAGAUUGACCGCGGACGGUUUCCGCGAAAAGUUCCGGAACGCCAGACCUGAAGGAGGAGAGACCGGGGCCCAAUAUGCAGCGCGUCUAGCCAGUCUCUUCGACCGCUGGGUUGAGCUCUCUGAGACGGCCAAGCAGUACGACACUCUUCGAGAUCUGCUCCUAGCCGAGCAAUUCCUCAAGGGCUGCUCACCAAAGCUGGCCCUCUUCAUCAAAGAGCGAACAACCAAAACACUGGCAGACAUGGCAGACUUGGCCGACCGAUACCUGGAGGCGCAAGGAACGCAGUCGCUUGGGAAAAAGGUGGAGGAAAAGAAGCCGACUUCCGAACCCCCACGGCCCGUCGACAAGAAAAGUACAAGACAGCGGCCACCACUGCGUUGUUUUCUCUGUAACCGGCUUGGGCACCGUGCCGCCGAUUGCCGGGAUAAAGUCACAACUAAGGCAUCUUGUUGGAGGUGCGGCCAAACGGGCCACGCGGCCAACUCCUGUCAAGAAGGAUCAAAAGGGCGUUCUCAAGCUUCCUGCUGUGUGGCUACCGAGCCCACCAAGAAGAAAGAAGUGGUCGUGCAGGACGGAUACGUAGAACUCAAGAACGGUGACCGUCUCCCUGUGGUAAACUCCACGAUAGAGGAGGAGGAAACGAAUUUGACGAAUGGAGUACCCGUGCGAGCCGGCAGGGUAGGAACACGCAGUGUCACCGUCCUACGCGACACCGGCUGCAACACGGUAGUCGUUCGGAAGAAUCUCAUCUCAAAAGAGGAGCUCACGGGAACUUCCAAGGCGGUCUACCUUGCUGAUGGCACCGUUAAGAUGCUGCCGGAGGCGAGACUGCUGGUGCGGUCUCCAUUCUUCAGUGGGGAGGUGACGGCUCUCUGCAUGGAAAGUCCUCUGUAUGAUAUAAUACUAGGCAACAUUCCGGGCGUUCGAGCAGCAGCAGAUCCCGAUCCCGAAUGGGACGCUGAACCAGCAGCGGAAGAGAGCAGGCCCGAGACUGACGUACGGAACGAAGAACGGACUGUGACCGCGGCGGUUGAAACAAGACUCCAAAAGAAGGCGGCUGAACACAAGACCACGGUGCCUACACCGUUGAGAGUAUCGGAAGUUCAGGAGGGAGCAGUUACACCAGACACUUUGAAGAGGGAGCAACAAAACGACUCGAGCCUGAGGACGUGUUUCCAAAACGUCGGGAAAACUAUGACGGGCAAGAAGCGGAAGCACUCCUGCAUGUUUGUGGUAAGAAACGGAAUCCUGUUCCGGUCCUACAGAACGUCACCCGGAAGAGAAGUUCACCAAUUGGUGGUGCCUAAGAAGUUCAGGACCACCAUCCUUAAAAUGGCGCACGAUGGGAUUCUGGCGGGUCACCAGGGUGCUCAGAAGACAGUAAACCGAGUGCUCGAAGAAUUCUUCUGGCCUGGCGUCGGAGCAGACGUGAAACGCUUCGUGAAGUCCUGCGACCGCUGCCAACGCACGACGCCGAAAGGAAAGGUCCCCAAGAUGCCCCUGGGGAGUAUGCCGCUCAUCGAGACGCCCUUUCAACGCGUGGCCAUCGACAUCGUGGGCCCCAUUUCACCGACCACCAAGAGGGGAAACAAGUAUAUUUUAACGAUGGUCAAUUACGCGACGCGGUAUCCAGAUGCUGUGGCGUUGCCCAAUAUCUCCACCGAGCGAGUAGCCGAGGCACUCGUGGAGAUGUUCACUAGAACUGGGGUUCCCCGAGAAGUGCUCAGUGACCGCGGUUCCAACUUUACGUCGGACGUCAUAAAAGAGGUGGGACGGCUGCUCUCCAUGAGACAACUGUUCACGACGCCCUACCACCCAAUGGGAAACGGCCUUGUAGAGAAAUUCAACGGAACGCUCAAGACCAUGCUGAAGCGGAUGUGUCAAGAAAAGCCAGCAGACUGGGAUCGCUACUUGGCACCGCUGCUGUUUGCGUACCGAGAAGUUCCUCAGGCCAGCCUGGGAUUUUCCCCUUUUGAGCUGCUCUACGGAAGGAACGUACGAGGCCCCCUCUCUGUACUUAAAGAAUUGUGGACGAAUGAGGCGCUGGAGGAGGAGACCAAGACAACGUAUGAGUAUGUCUUCGAGCUACGCAACAAGCUCGAGGACACCUGUAAGAUUGCCCACGAGGAACUUGAGCGGGCCAGCGAACGCUACCGUCGUUGCUUCGAUCGGAAGGCCCGUCACAGGCACAUCGGUGUUGGCGAUUUAGUUCUAAUCUUGCUCCCCACCGACCAGAACAAGUUGCUGAUGCAAUGGAAGGGACCAUACCCCGUGGUCGGACAGAAAGGCCCCCUAGACUACGAAGUGGACCUGGGGCAUGGCAUAAAAUUAUUCCACGGUAACAUGCUUAAAAAGUAUGAAGAACGAGCACCUGACGAGGUUCCUGCGGCUUGUACGGUUGUCGCAUUGGAGGAAUCCGAAGGAGAGGGCGGUUUCCCCAUGCUGAGAUUGCAGAGCACCGAAACUGCGAGCGAUGUCGUGUUCGCUCCUGGGCUCGCAUCGGAGUGCCGAAAAGAGGCCGAGGCCUUGGUUCAAGACUACAGGGCCAUCUUCUCCGACGUUCCAGGACGAACCGACCUUAUCAAGUGUCACUUGAAGUUGGAAACGGACAAGCCGACAGACCACGAACCUCUCCAGUACAUCAAACAAACCCGGCACGCUAACGCCAGGGUAAUGCGUUGGAGUCUGAAGCUGCAAGAGUAUGAUUUUAAAGUUCAGUAUAUCAAGGGAAGUGAAAAUGUGGGGGCGGACUAUUUGAGUCGUAUGUAA